GGCUUUGCAAUGAAUGGGUUUACUGGUGUUUCUCUCCUUCAGAAGCUUAAUCAGACAAGUGUUAAUGGUGGCAUCGUCAAGAUAUAUGCCUCACAAUCGUGGGAGAUGAAUGAGUAGAAUCUAAAUCUCAUGAUGUUGAGGGCAGUCUCGAGCAAAGAGGCCGACGGAGGCCCAACGCCGUCAUCAAACCAACCUGCCUCUAUUCCCAGUUCUCCUCAAACCCUGCGAGCUCCAUUGUUUGAUGUUUUCCUCCCAGAAUAAGACUAUAAGUCGACUCAUGUGGGUUUCCAGACCACUGAUUUACCAAGGCUCGGAAAUAGCACGGCAUGCAACAGUAUGCAGCCACAGUCGACGAUGCAGUAGAUAAUGCGACCCAACCAACCGGCAGUGUAAAAAUAAAUAAAAAAGAAAGUUACUGCUGCAUUCCAUUUGGCUCACGAUGCCCACUUCGGCUCCGAUCCUACCGACGAUGACAACUCUCUAGAGUCUCAAGAGAAUAACCCGCGAGGGACUCUCCAGUCUCAUAUGAAUCGUGUCCGGCCUCUUCCGAUUCUCUUCAUCACUUUCUAUCUACAAGGCCCACAUUUUGAGCCUCGCCUGGCCUGGUCUGGCGUGCUUUUUCACUUCUGGCAUGAUCCCAAAGGCCCGUCGACUCCAUCCUGCGGUUGCGGCUACGGCUGUGGCUGCGGCUCUGCAAUUCCCACACCGCUCGCUACCGAGACAGGGUCCAAGGUGAGAAGCAUCAUGUUAAAACACGUUCUAGAAAAGAAAACAAGAUCUUCGGGGGGGGGGGGGGGGCGUGUAAGGUGAAAGAUGUAUCCACUCGCUCGAGAUGUCAGGGCGUCUUCGGGCAAUUCCCGUGGAUGGAAGCUUCUUUGAUGCUGUGAUUCACGGCUUAAUACCCAGGCCUCUAAUAUUCUUGGAGUACCAGUAUUAGCAUCAUGUCUUCUCGGUGUUAUUGUUGCAUUUGUUUUGGGUGAAAUGAAAUGUGCUCGGAUGUUCUCCGUGUGGUUGAUGGGCGAGCUGUAACAUGAAGCUUUGAUUAUCUUAUGAUAAGGCGAAGCAAGCAUCAGCAUCUUGAAGGGUUCCUCACCACACUGCAUUCCAACUCCAUCCAAAUCAAUUCACUUCAUAGAGAUUAAUUAGCAAUUCGAUGUUCAAGAUUAUCUCCAUCAUGAUGAAAACUACAGUUGUUAGAUUGAUCGGCUAUUCCUAAUUGGCUCAUGCAGCCACAAUGGGUACAUCAGCCACACUUGUGCAACCACUUUGGGUCUUAAAUUGGCAUUGGAAGUCACGAAAAUACGUACCGAGAUGGCGUCAGAGCACAUGAGUCUCAUCUCAGGCAGGACUCAUUCAUUCACCUCCACGGUCACACGAUUCGUCGCUCAGGUCCUCAACAGCCUCGACUCUCUUUCAUGAGCAUCGAAUUCCCUCCCUUUCAUUCCUUUUCACUUCAUCUCAGCCUUGAGGCGUGACAACACCGGGAUACGAGACUGUAGAUAAUAAUGGCUGUCGGCUUCCUCACCUUCAUUUCAGGCCUCUUUGGAUGGAUUUAUUUCCUCGCCUGGAGCGCGUCCUUCUAUCCCCAGCCCUUGCUGAACUGGCGUCGUCGAUCCACCAGCGGCACAACUAUUGAUUUCCCCUUUAUCAACGUCCUCGGUUUUGCUGCGUACUUUAGCUCGAAUGUAGCUUUCUACUACUCACCAGAAAUCCGCGCUCAGUAUGCUGCGAGACACAGAGGCCUCGACUCUACUGUGCAAUUCAACGACAUCACUUUUGCUCUCCACGCUCUGUUCUUGUCUGUCAUCACAACCUCACAGUAUUUCGCUCCAUCGUUGUGGGGGUUCACCCCGAACUCCGGAAACCGACCCAGCCGGUUUAUUCUGGGGGUAGCAGCCGGCUGUAUCACUGGGGUUCUUUUGACAUGUGUUAUCGUUGCUUCAUCUCCCGGAAACGAUGCCGUCUAUGACUGGGUUGCCCUUGAUAUUGUCUACGCCGUAGGCUAUGUCAAACUUAUUGUCACCUUGAUCAAGUACACUCCCCAAAUCGUCACCAACUACAACAACCAGAGCACCGACGGCUGGAGCAUCUCUCAGAUCUUACUGGAUCUUACUGGCGGUGUCCUUAGCGUCAGUCAGCAGGCCAUCGAUAGUUAUCAGCUGCGCGACUGGAGCGGUAUCACCGGUAAUCCGGUCAAGUUUGCUCUUGGCAACAUCAGCAUGGUUUACGACACCAUAUUCAUCAUCCAGCACUAUGUUCUGUACCAUGACUCAGAGAAGCCGCUGUCUGGUGAUCGCGAGAAUCAGAGAUUGUUGGAUGAGGAGCGAAGAGCGGAGCGCAGCGAGUGAUAUCAUCGUCUUUGACUAGAAAAGAGCGACGAAUACUAUACCGGUACAUCUUUGUGGGUGGUGUUUUGGUUUGUGCAUUGGAAACUCUCAGCAGCACGAUCUGCAUUGCAUGAUAGAAUAGGGACCAUAAGCAAUACAUUUUCUGCAUCAUCGGGUCAUAUGGCCUAUCAAAUGGCAGAUAGAUAUCAUUGUUCAGGGCAUACGAUAUGUGGCUGCAUUUGGACAGCUGGAGAAGACUCAGCUUGGAUUUAGCAUCAGGCUCAAUAAUGUCAGCAUGGCCACAAGCCAAUAACUAGUAGCUUUCAUGUCAACGUCCCCCAUAUUGGUGUGACCCCUUGAUCUGACUCCCCUGGCAUUGAUCUUGGAUAUCUAAGCUGGUCCUGCAACAUAUCUGGGCUGCUGUAGUGGUGUGCAAAGAUUCAAUGCAUUCAGUCUGUUGAGUAAUGUCACAGCUGAGAUAGGAGCUAUUGGGUUUUGCCUGAAGCUGAGCUUAUGCUGACCAUGCCGCAUGACAUUUCCGUGAUCAUAUAUAUCGACCAUUGCGGCCGCGCUCCAAUCAUUCAAUUCAAGUCUUCUCAGGUCUUCUGAUCAUGUCUGGUAUUCUCUAUUGCCCCGUGGGUUUGUAUGUCCGCCAGUAAUCCGAUUCUUGCUGCUCGGCUGGUGGAACAAACUGGCCAACACGCUGCACAACUUAAAAAGGGGGAAGUCAUCAAACUUAACGUUUACAAUUUGCAAGUUCUCUUCUAACCAUAGUGAUGCUUUACUCAGCUGCGCUGACCGGUUUUCUACUCGUCAGGAAAUGUGAGAUCAGCAUUCUUCCGCCUCCGCAGACUUGAAAUAGAAGAAAUACACAAAUACAGGCUGAACACUGAAAUCAUUUCAAGGAAACUAGCAACUUCUCCGCAAAGAUAGACUCUGGUGCAUACACAACCAACGAGGUUAAUGAAUUAGUUGCUCGAGUCGUCGAGUGCUUUAUGUUAUAUUGAGCUCUGGAUGUCCACAAGCGCAGCC